AUGGACACCAUCCCUACUUCCAUCAACAGUGGUUUGGGAUGGAAUUCUUCUUCGUUUUUUCAACAAUCAAAUUGCUUCAACCUACUUUCUCUUCCUCUCAAACCAAAACGCCCUCUCGCCAAGUUUUCUCUCACUUGCUCUUCCGCCUCUUCUUCCUCUGAUCCUCUCUUGGUUAAAGCUGCCAGAGGAGACCUGGUUAGUCGUCCUCCUGCAUGGAUGAUGCGCCAGGCAGGAAGGUACAUGGCUGCUUACAAAAAGUUAGCCGAGAAACAUCCGUCCUUCCGAGAGAGGUCAGAGACGACUGAUCUCAUUGUAGAAAUUUCUUUGCAGCCUUGGAAAGCUUUCAGGCCUGAUGGAGUAAUUAUUUUCUCUGACAUCCUUACACCUCUACCUGCAUUCGGGAUUGACUUUGACAUAGAAGAUGUGAGGGGACCUGUAAUACAGUCACCUAUCCGCUCCGAGGAGGGAUUAAAGGUUUUGCACACAAUUGACUUCGACAAGCUUAGAUUUGUAGGAGAAUCACUUAAGACCCUACGGAAAGAGGUUGGUGGUGAUGCUGCUGUUUUAGGUUUUGUGGGAGCACCUUGGACGUUGGCAACAUAUAUAGUUGAAGGCGGUACAACACGCACGUAUACAAACAUUAAAAGCAUGUGCCAUACAGCACCACACAUAUUGAGGACUCUACUUUCUCAUUUGACAAAGGCAAUAGCAGAUUACAUCGUUUUCCAAGUCGAAUCUGGGGCUCACUGCAUACAAAUCUUUGAUUCAUGGGGUGGACAGCUACCUCCCCAUAUGUGGGAACUUUGGUCAAAGCCUUAUAUCAAAGAGAUUGUAAAUUUGGUGAAGAAAAAAUGCCCAGAGACACCACUUGUUCUUUAUAUCAAUGGAAAUGGUGGCCUUCUCGAGCGUAUGAUAGAUACUGGGGUCGAUGUUAUUGGAUUAGAUUGGACAGUGGAUAUGGCUGAUGGAAGAAGAAGAUUAGGUAGCGGGAUUGGCGUGCAAGGAAAUGUGGACCCUGCUUACUUAUUCUCUCCUCUUACUGCCCUGACAGAAGAAAUUCAGAGGGUUGUGAAGUGUGCGGGACCUAGACGACACAUUCUUAAUCUUGGGCACGGUGUUCUUGUUGGCACACCUGAAGAAGCUGUUGCGCAUUUCUUUGAUGUAGCCAGAAGCUUGAAGUUUGACAGAGUCUCUCAAAAUAACACUGCAAAUGUAGUUUAA